AGAGAGAAAGAUUGCCCCACAUCAUUGUUGCUAUAACUACCCUCUGGUACGGCAGUCGGUGAUGAAGCCCUCUGCAGGCGACAGACCACGGAUCCACUACUGAUGCGCUUCGCGGUUUUUUUUUUCUCAAAUAGAUCUACACUGAAGAAGGAGAUGAGGUCCAGUGCAAGAAAAACUGCAAACGGAGUCUAAAACUAUCCUUAUCUGCCGUCUAGAUCUUAAACUUCACAAGAAAGCAUUUUACAGAUUCUCCCGGUGCGACCGUGUGUGUAUCUGACUGGUGUGUCAGGAGGCUAUGGUGAGGCGAUGUGCACAGGCUGGUGUGAGGAGAGAUGUACCAGCAGCAGUGGAGGAAGACAGGGAGGUAAAGGAGUGCAUCUUCAUUCAUGGCUGCGCAUCUCGCUCUUGUUCUCGGCCCUGUGGGGCCAAGCGUCCCCCCAGUGCCCGGACAGCUGCCACUGCGCCUGGGACACGGGCACGGUGCUGUGCUCAGAUGCCGGGCUGCGGGAGAUUCCAGAGGGGAUCCCACCGGAAACUGUCUCCCUUCACCUGGAACGUAACUACAUCCGCAACAUCCCAGAGAGUGCCUUCAGCGACCUGGUCCACCUACGGGACCUGUACCUGUCCCACAACCGCAUCGACUCGCUCGCCUCGGGGGCCCUGCGGCAUCUGGGCCCCGAGCUGCGCCUGCUGGACCUCUCACACAACCAGCUGAGGCAGGCCAGCAGGGAGGAGUUUGGCUCCACUCGUGCCAAGACACGUCUCUACCACAACCCUUGGCACUGUGACUGUGCCCUUCAGGAGCUGAUGGAGACCCUGAACCUGGAGCCUGAGACUGUGAAUGGGAUUGUUUGUGAGAGCUCUGUCCGGGGGGUGGGCGAGGGGAGCAGGUGGGAGGACCCGGGGGCGCAGGGCGAACACGCCGGUCAACCACUGGUCAAGCUGUUGGAUUCUGGGGUGAAUUUCUGCAGCCUGCAGAGGAAAACCACUGAUGUAGCCAUGCUGGUGACAAUGUUCGUAUGGUUCUUUAUGGUCAUUGUGUAUGUAGUCUACUAUGUGAGGCAGAAUCAGGCCGAGGCCCGGAGGCAUUUGGAGUACCUGAAGAGUUUGCCCAGCCCACGCAAGAACCCCACAGAGACAGACACUCUAAGCACUGGUUUCUGAACUCCUGCUCAGCUGUAAUUGAAAUAGAAUAAUAAUCCAGUCCUAUUUUUAUGGAGAGCGCCUGAUAAACCUCAAAAUGCUGUGUGGAGUUAUUGUAAGCCGCGUGUAGAAGAUGCUGAUACAGAGGAAAUGAACCUUUUACAGCUGUGCUAUGUGAUUGCAACGUUUCUUUAUAUUUGUUACUGCUGAGCUCCCCAUGUUUUUUCUUUAUUUCUUUACCUAUUGCAUUUUCCUCAAUUUAAUGAAUAACGAGAAGUGAGUAUUUGUUUCCUCCUCCUACCAUGUGCUGUGAAAGAAAAUAGUGGAAAUAGAACAAGAGAGUGCAGUGGAAGAUGAAAGGAUGAAAUAAGAAAAGACAGAACGUUCUUUGAACUUUAUAACCUUCUAUUUCCCUCUGUAGUCUCUCUUCUUCUUCAUUUUCCUUUCUUCUCCCACGAUGCAGCACGCUGUGAUCUUUCAUUAAGCUCUAAUUUGGACUCUUGGACCAACUGACCCUUUCUAAACACUUGAAAGGCACUAAUCAGCAGGAGUGUUUAUCAGGUCGCAAAGGAGAGUGUGCAAACUCAAAUGACUGUCCUUAUCUAAUGGCUUUUUCUUCAUUUGUGUGUGUAUAUGUGCACAUGUGGUGUUUAUGUGCAUUGUUACUGCCAUUUUUACUUUGAUAACACUGAUUUUGCAUGGAUGCUAUCCAAGCCUUCCCCAAUACACAGCCACAGCCACUUGACUAAUACUAAGCCAGUUGUUUCGGUGCCAGUGGAGAACUGCUGAUCUAAAUUUACUCUCAGGAAGCCAUUAGAGCUGGAGGUGAACUAUUUCGUCUCCAAGCUGCAGCAAUCAGCUCUGAAAUAUCUGGACAGCUUAGCGUACUGUCACUGAUUGGUACAGAGAAAUUUCAGCCAGAUUUAGAAGCGGAUCAUUGUUAGAUUAGUAUAGCCAUUUAUCCUGAGAGUAGCUGUUAGUUUAGGUUUAAUUAAUCUCUUGAGUCCUGCUUUUCGGUCCUCUAUGCACUGAUUGCUAUGUACACAUCAUAUGGUCUCCCAUUUUCCACAUAGGCUGUGUCAUAAUUGAUUUUUGUUCAAGCCACUGUAAAAAUAAGCAAAACACUCUUAUUCCACAAAAUGGAAUAAUUUUCUCAGUUAGCACAUUUAACGCUUGUAAUGUUAAGAUUAAUGCCAUUCAUAACAUGUAUACUGUAGGUGCACUGAAUAUCUAGCUCUAUGGAACAAUUCUGAUUGGAUUAAGGGCCACAUUUUUGAAUUUUGCUUGAGUUCAUUGAAAUCAUUAUUCUCUAAGGGAAGGGUCUAUCACGUGGUUUCAGUAUUUGUCAUUAGUCAAUGUUACAAACAAGCAAACUGUAAAAUGCCUCUCUCAAAUUGAUAGAUGCAGCCAUUGCUUUGUUGAUCAUUAGCCAAUUAGGUUGGGAACAACUGCUUUAAGAGGAUGUUUUUGAACAUCUUAGCAGCAUGGCUCUAUGGCAAUGUCAAUCUGCAGUCUCACAGAGUGGCGAGCAUGGCUGUAGAAUUAGUCUUUUUCAUGUGUCUUCAAUCUGCGACCCUUUAAGUGUUGAUCGAUGUAAUAAAACAUUACUGUACCCCAUUUUAUCUAACAACUGGGCUCGGAAAGUGGUAAAAUCUGAGGCAAAACUUAGAAUAGGACAACUGUCUGUGUACUGUAACAUGCUAAAUGUGGUGUGUACUUUGUAAUUUACAGAGAAAGACUGGUUGAAGUUUGUGUUGUUCAGGAUGAAGACAUACUGUGAACUACAACAAGAAUUAGUUCAGCUUUGAGCAGAACGAUGUUGAUAUUGUCAUGAUAACUGGUCCAUGUAAAAACCUGCUCUUGGUUGUUAGACCAAAGGCUAAAACAUUGGAAUAAGAAGUUGAAUAUUUGUUCUGUGACUGUCAAAAGAAAACUGUCUGUGGAUAAACUUGUGAAGAAGAGUUGUAACGUUACAUCAUUUUUCCAUAAUGUUACCCGUCUGUCACAAAUCCUGCAUCUAAUGUGCCAGAGUUCAGUUUCCUGAAUGCAUCUCUCCCAUUAAUACAAUCUUUAACCAUGAUUACCUCAUUAAGGUACAACGAUGCUGAUAACCACAAACCCAAGAACCACGCAUGCCCUCUUUGUGUAGUUUUUUUCUGUAGGUAUUUUUUUUAUUGGUGUUCUGUCCCAGUGAUUUGUUUUCUCUCCUGUUUGUAUGCUGAUAAUUAUUCAAACAAGGAUAAAGUCAAAGAUUGGAAACCAUUACAUCAAAUAAUAAUGAUCUAUCAAAAAGUGAUUUUAGGAGAAACAAACAAACAAAUAUAUAAAAAAUAAAAGAAACAUUGCUCUACUUUGUUCAUAGAAAUGCUUCUACCUUUUAUUGCUACUUUAGGUUGAAAAAGGCAAAAAGAUGAAGAGAACAGAAGAACAGGAAGACAUUAUCAAUUCACAAUGAGCUGAUCAUGGUUGGCAGCGUUUCCUAUUUCUACUCUACCACCCAUUAACACUAAAGGAAGUGAUUGACAAACUAUUUUACAUAUAUAUAUAUAAAAAAAAGUACAUGAUGUGACUUUUCGCCGCCUCCUCCUUCAACGUUUUCGUAGUUUUUUUCCACAAAUCACCAUCAACAAAAUCAAAAUUGCCUCACAUUUAUCCAUCUCUCCACUGCCUUUUCUUGAAAUCUCCCCCUGGAAAUAUAUUUGGACAUCACCACAAAGACACAGUGGAAGCAGGGCACAGUGAAAUGUUUAGAUGUGACUCUUUAAAAAAAAAAAAGGAAUUUCCUUGGGGAAGAGUCAAAACCAAUGCCCCAUAUAUUUCAACAUGGGGGAGAACAAAACAGGAUAUAAAUAAAAAGCAACUUCAGCCUGUUACUUGAUUUUGUCUUUUAUUUCCAAUUUACAUUAAUUAAACCGUAACAAAAACAAGUCAUGAUCAUAAUAAUAUAAUAAUGCUAUUAUUAAUAAUAAUAAUAAUAUUAUUAAUAAUAACAAUAUACACAACCUCGCACAAUGGGCCCUCUGCGCUGGUUGUAGAACUGGAGCAACAAAGUCAGGCACACCCUGAAUCUCUUCAACUGUGUGUUUGUGUGAGUGUGUAUGCAGAGGCAGAGGACCCGCCCUGUGUGAGGAGACUUAGGGGAGGAAGUAGAGAGGAAUGGGGGUCAAACGUCGCAGCGGGUGGGGGUGUGUUGGGGGACCGACUGACUGGGCUUUCACGACCAAGAUUCUCAAACAUAUUGGUCAUAGAGUCUCCUAUAAUUGCAGGGCCUUGGUUUGAUUUUUGUUAAGUUUUUUUUUUAGUGUGAGGUAGCUUUAAAAUAUAAAAAGAAAACUAAAUUCAGUAUUAAUUCCAAACUGGACAUGACGUGAUUGUUAAAAAAAAA